ACCCAUGGUAUGACCCGUACACCGUGCUGAGUUCUACACGCGCUUCGGAAGAACUAUGGCCUGCAGGGCCAUCUUUUCCGUGUUGUAGAACCUGGGGAUGUUGGUUAACCUGUUAGUUAUAGAGAUUCCUAUAUUAUCUACUUUUAUAAGCUAUUAUCAUGCUAAUACUUACUUGAAUACCUACUUGAAUGCCUACUUGAAUGCCUACUUGAAUGCCUACUUGAAUGCCUACUUGAAUGACUACUUGAAUGACUACUUGAAUGACUACUUGAAUGCCUACUUGAAUGCCUACUUGAAUGCCUACUUGACCUACUUUAAUACCUACUUGAAUGCCUACUUAAAUGCCUACUUGAAUGCCUACUUGAAUGCCUACUUGAAUGCCUACUUGAAUGCCUACUUGAAUGCCUACUUGAAUGCCUGCU